AUGAGUCUGAGUACAGCAACGGAUCCGUCGUCGAAUGCAAUAGACGAUGUUGUGUCGCCAGGACAAACAAGAAGGGUAACACCACGGUCAUUAGUAAUCUCGCCCAAUCUCGACGCGCUACUGGAGCAUGAAGAUCGGAUACGCGCCCAGAUUAGCAACACGGCAGGCGGGACAGAGCCAGGCACGCCAGAGUCCGCACUGAGAGUCUCGCCUCAGCACGGAGAGUUACCAGGGCUUCCGCCGCCGCCCAGACGGGUGAAAGGACCAAAGUGGCCGCAUUUGGCAGCAAAAGGGGGGCGACAGACAUUGGAAAUGGAGGAUAAAAGAGGAGCAGAGACGGUGAGCAGGGUGAUGGGAGCAGCGAGCUCGUCGUUGUCGAACCCGUACAUUAAUCCUGCGCCGACACUGGAGGACGUGCUUAUGCGGGUUGAAGAGGAGGAAGUGCGUGACGGAUCAGAGUCAGUGACAUUAUUAGCACUGCCAUGGACCCCGAAUGAUGGCUCAAAUGCACGGCAACAAUCACAUCCAACUCGAACAUAUGUCGCUAAACUCGAUUCGCCCUCUUCCCUCAGUCCUCUCCGCCACCCGAGGAGCGCUGUCAGGCUCUUAACCAAGCCGAUGUCCCAAGACAUGCCGCGAGCAGCCAUUGCAAAUUUUAAUGCAGUGCCGUACCCGCUUGGCCCCAGCCCAGAUGACCCUGACGGUGACGGUGUCGUCAACACACCCUGGCGGCGGCGACCCUUACUUUCUCACGGACCACAGUCGUCUAUCUCUUCUAUGGACUCUUCAAACACAUCUUCUAUUCGCCCAGCAUCUACAGAGGAAAACGGUCCUCGUUUCAGCAUCUCAAGCACUAUAUACCCCGGAAGUUCGGACCAAUCUCAUCAGCAUUCACUCCUCAACGAGCCUAUUUCUUACGACAUGGCCCGCAACUCCUUCAUGGAUAUUUAUUCCCCAGCCAAUCCGGCUUUUAAUUUCGGACAGCAUUCACCCUCAGAUUCAACACAAGAGCCACUGUCGCCCAUAAGCUUCGCUCCUUCUCCAGUCUCUGAGAACAGUUUUAUCCCAUAUCCCGACGAUACCAAACCAAAACAGUCUACCAAACCCCCUCUUCCUACUACUCCGAAACCUAUCUUCAACCGUCAGACAAUGAAGUCGAGACAAACGUCUCCGAGGCGUUCCCCGCCGCCAUUAGCUUUGCAUGACCAAACCACUAUGGAUACCCAGCUACCGCCAACGACAAACUUUCUCGAUGUCGACGAACGUGCUGACCUCGUACGAAAAUCCCGUAAAUUAGCCCGUGUUUUUGGCCAAACUCCCGGAGCAGACGCUAUGGCUCAACAGGAUACUGGCCGUGAUUCUUCAGACCCAUCUUCAAAACCGCGACGUCGAAAAUCCAACGCUGUUUACUUGGACGGCAUGAGAAGGCAUUCUAUGCCGCUCUCUCCAGAUGAUGUCUCAUUUUUGAGCAUCGUGAGCCCUACAUUGGAAGGUUAUCCUGCUCCACCACGAGCAAAGUCUAAAAACAGUUCAGCAAUUUACUCGGGUAAAUCAAAUGACCUACAUCAGCCAAUAAGUCAAAUCAAAUCAGGUUCACGUACAUCGUUCAUUGAUCUGUCUGACGACGAGAAGGAGGUCCCAGUUUCUGCUAGCCAACCAUCGGAGAAACUGCUCCCAGAGUCACCACCUCAUUCUUUGCUUGAAACAAUGUCCCUGGAUGACCAGCCUGACGACGAACGCAGGAGGAAACGUGAAAGAUUAGCCAAGCUUCAUCGCUUUCUGGGUUCCCGCGUCCCAGCCAAUUUAGUUUUGGGGAUCGAAGAUCUUGAAGCAUCUUUGCCUGCUGCCAGCAUGGCCCCUUCAGCGUAUAGGGGAAGCUCCUCUGACAACGACGAAAACAGCCGCAAGGCCUGGCUGAGACGCAGAAGGAGCAACUCUUCGAGCACUCCGCAAUCCACUAGGCCUGAUGAACUUGACAGAGUAAAGGAAGAUUUGGACGACAAGGAGAAGGCUCUCAAUGUACGAAGAGCUCAGAAGAUGGAAAAGGUCUUUGGAGUCGCCCCUCCUCUCACGCUUUAUCACACUCGCCAUUGUCCAUCCCCUUCCUCGUCAACCCCUCCAAUCCCUAUUGGCGUCCUUUCCGAUUCCGCUUUACCUGCCACAAAGACUCUGAAUAUGAGUCUCACUUAUAUCAAACCCAAGACGAAGAAGACUCAUCGUCCUGGUACAUCUGAAUCUAACCGACAACUCUUGCCAAAGGGCAAAGACGACCACGGAUUUGAAGACCGCGGUGCCCAUAUAAACAUCCGACACUCUUUAAUAUACAACCAUUAUCAACACUCUUUGAAUUCUUUGAAUGAUAUCUUGGACCGAGACGAUAGAGAGUCUUUGGCUGAGCUACAUGACUAUCUCAACAAUACGGACACUCCUACUCCCAAAGCAGAUGAAGAUUUCUCAACUCGGCUGGACCGACGUGCCUCAAUAGCUUCCACAAUCAAGUCCGAACGACGCCGUUCGCUUCCUGCCAGGACAUCCAUGAUAUCUUUGGCAGGUUCAGAAUACAGUGUAACCACGCCCAAGGCGGAGAUUACAACCUUCCAAUUGCGUCGAAGAAGGGCCGCAAAACUUACCCAAUUCUUUGGUGUCAACUACCGAGAAUUGAUCAACGAUGUUCUUGAAAGCAUUGAAAGCGGAGUGGAACAUGAGCAACGGCGAGGUACCUUGCGGGCAGAAGAAGUAGAGGAUCUUCGUACCAGGCUUCGCAAUCUGAAAUCUAAACGCCAGGGGCUGUUUUAA